CAGAAGGCCCUCACUCAUGCUGCAGCCUUGAGCCUGACCGGUCCUCCUCCUCUCCUCGCCGGCUCCCUCUUGUUGGCUGCUGGCCAUGCCACUGAAACACUAUCUCCUUCUGCUGGUGGGCUGCCAGGCCUGGGCUGCAGGCUUGGCCUACUAUGGCUGCCCUAGUGAGUGUACCUGUUCCCGGGCCUCCCAGGUCGAGUGCACAGGGGCACAGAUUAUGGCAGUGCCUACCCCUCUGCCCUGGAAUGCCAUGAGCCUGCAGAUCCUUAACACGCACAUCACUGAACUCACUGAGGACCCGUUCCUCAACGUCUCAGCCCUCAUCGCCCUGAGGAUGGAGAAGAAUGAACUGUCAAACAUCAUGCCAGGUGCCUUCCGCAACCUGGGCUCGCUGCGCUACCUCAGCCUUGCCAACAACAGACUACAGGUGUUGCCUCUUGAGGCCUUGCAGUACCUAAAAAAUCUCGAAUCCCUCCUUCUGUCCAAUAACCAGCUGGUGCAGAUCCAGCCAGGCCAGUUCUCCCAGUUCAGUAACCUUAAGGAACUCCAAUUGCACGGCAACAAUCUGGCAGCCAUCCCAGAGGGAGCCUUUGACCACCUGGUGGGACUCACUAAGCUGAACCUGGGCAAGAACAGCUUCACCCACCUGUCACCUCGGGUCUUCCAGCACCUGCGCAACCUCCAGGUGCUCGGGCUAGCUGAGAACAGGCUUUCGGACAUUCCCAUGGGCACUUUUGAUGCUCUUGGCAACCUCCAGGAGCUGGCCCUGCAGCACAACCAGAUUGGCACACUCUCCCCUGGCCUGUUCCACAAUAACCGCAACCUCCAGAGACUGUACCUGUCCAACAACCAGAUCAUGGAGCUGCCCCCUGGCAUCUUCAUGCAGAUGCCCCACCUCAACAAGCUCACGCUCUUUGGGAAUUCCCUGAAAGAGCUCUCCCCGGGGACCUUCGGGCCUAUGUCCAACCUUCGGGAGCUCUGGCUCUACAACAACCACCUCACCUCCCUCCCUGACAACAUCUUCAGCAACCUGCACCAGUUGCAGGUUCUGAUUCUUAGUCACAACCAGCUCAGUUACAUCUCUCCGGGAGCCUUCAACGGGCUGACGAAUCUCCGAGAGCUGUCCCUCCACUCCAAUGCUCUCAAGGACCUGGAUGAGCAUGUCUUCCGAGGCCUGAUCAACCUGCAGAACAUCUCCCUCCAGAAUAACCACCUCCGGCAGCUCCCUGGCAGCAUCUUCGCCAAUGUCAACGGCCUCAUGACCAUCCAGCUGCAGAACAACAAUCUAGAGAACUUGCCUUUGGGCAUCUUUGAUCACUUGAUGAACCUGUGUGAACUCCGUCUCUAUGACAACCCCUGGAGGUGUGACUCAGGUAUCCUUCCACUCCGUAACUGGCUCCUUCUCAACAGAGCCAGGCUGGGGACAGACGCUCUUCCAGUGUGUUCCAGUCCCAACAACGUCAGGGGGCAGUCCCUCAUCAUCAUCAACAUCAAUGUCCCUGCGCCCAGUGUCCAGGUCCCAGCAAUCCCUGACGUAUCUAGCUACCCAGAAGUACCACGUUUUGCAGACACAUCCAGUUACCCUGAUACACCAAGCUACCCCGACAUCACAUCCUCUAACACACAGAUCCCCAAUGCCGUAGAAGACUACACUGGUCUGACCACCACCGGAGCCACUGAUGACCGCAAUACCUGGGGCAUGACUGACACGCAGAGUGGGCUGGCCAUUGCUGCCAUUGUGAUUGGCAUCGUUGCUUUGGCCUGUUCCCUAGCUGCCUGCAUCUGCUGCUGCUGCUGCAAAAAGCGGAGCCAGGCAGUCCUGAUGCAGAUGAAGGCUCCCAAUGAGUGUUAGGGAAGGGGGCUGGAGCAGGGCUGGGGAAGGGAUGAAGCAGAGGAUCCGGGAAUGUGAGCGUUCACCUUCCAAACCUGGGUCCACACGGCCAGGCUCUGAUGGCCCCUGAGUCUUCCAUAGAGAAGCAGGCAUCUCAGGACCUUCUACUCCUAAAGGAAUCGAAUUGGUCAUAGAAAGAAAGAAAGAAAGAAAGAAAGAAAGAAAGAAAGAAAGAAAGAAAGAAAGAAAGGAAGAAAGAAAGAAAGAAAGAAAGGAAGGAAGGAAGGAAGGAAGGAAGGAAGGAAGGAAGGAAGGAGAAAGGAAGGAAGGAAGGAAGGAAGGAAGGAAGGAAGAAGGAAGGAAGGAAGGAAGGAAGGAAGGAAGGAAGGAAGGAACAAAGAAAGAAAGAAACGAAGGUCAAUGCCUAGGCAGCCUUCAGAGGGGCCCUCUGCCAAAUCUUCAUUGCUUCCAAGAACAAGCUUCCCUGUGCCUAGCCCCUCCUAGCCUCUGUAGAUGACAAAGCCUGCUCACUUGGUGAAAUAGUUCUCUGCUGGGACAACCCAUGCCUCAAAGUAUUAUAUAUGCUGAUUUCUUUUUUCUUGCUUCUGUUUUUGUGCCAUGGCUUGACUCUGUCCCCUCAAAGGAGAGGUUUCCCUUUGUUUUUCUGCUGCUGGAGGCAGACUAAGUUCUCUAUGCAAGAAGGUUUGGAUCUUCUAGCUCUGUGCACUGGCUUGGAGGGUGCUCUGUGAGGUAGGAAAACAUCUGUGCUGUCUCCUGGGCAGAGUUGUCAUUGGCAUCAAUUGCUACAAGCUCAGCCUCUUAGAGAAGAAUGUUUAGAGCUUCAAGCUUUCCUUCGAAGACCUUAAUCCCAUUACGGUAUAAAAUCAAGCAGAAUGGCUUAAGUUCUCAGAACAUGAAAAUCGACUCAUUGAAACUGGUUGAAGAAAGCAACCUGCUUCCUGGGGUCCUUGCCCUCACCCCAUACACUUUCCCUUGUAUGGGGUUUUUGUAUUGAAGUGUCACCUACACACAGGAAAUUGGGAGUGUGGUAGAGCACAGCCCUGCAAAUUCUCGCACACUGAAUGUGUGAUGAGCAUGCUCUCUCAGGGUCCCCACCCCAAGCUUGUUCUGGAGUACUUCUGGGGACGCUGUGGACUUUACAGCUUUCCACGGGUUAGGGUGGGAUUCUCACAGCCUCCCCCAUCACUCCACCGGCAGCCCUUGUCCAGGCCUGGCUGUUAGGAGUAAAAGAGAUGUAUGAGCAAUGGGGACAAGAGGCAGCCAAGCUGGCCAGACCAGAAGCAUCUGAACUAAGGUGGCCUGUGCAAGCACACUUCUCCCCUGCCAGCAAGCCCUGAGCUGUUCAUUGGCAGCCCCCCUACUGAUCCUUUUAUGGGCAUUAUAUGCCCAUAUCUGUUUCUAAUUUUUGCUCUUUUCUUGGAAGAAGGAAAAUAGCUCAGAGAUGAGGUCUUCCAGCUGAACAACCAAAUGUAAUGGAAACCAGGAAUCCUUGAACACUGUGGUCAAAUCCUCCAUCGACAUUAGCCAGCUGUAGCUAGGCUACGGCGUGUUCACAGACAGCAGAUAUCAGGACACACUAAAAGGUCAAGUGGGGGCAUGGGCUGGCCCUGCACAACCUUCUGCCUGGGGUCUUGUUUUGUGCUGGAUGGUUUAGAGUUUUCUCUUCGAGUAACAGUUGUAAAACAUGCCUUUGACGUGUUUCCUGCCACACAUGUGUCUAUUUCCACACACUAAACAGUUAUGAUCAGGGCAAUACAGCUUUCCCGGGACAACUGAUACAACUUCGAAGAGGCAAAAGCAGCGAAACAAGCAGGCGUGGUGACGCACGCCUUUAAUCCCAGCACUUGGGAGGCAGAGGCAGGUGGAUCUCUGAGUUCUAGGGCAGUUUGGCCCACACAGAGAGAGUUCUGUGACAGCCAGGGCUACUACAUAAGAAGACCAUCCCAUAAAAACAAAACAGCGAAACAGAGAAUUUCAGGUUUUCUUAUCACUGAGGGGUGAGCUCCACUGAUCACAGGGAUCUGAAAAUCUAUCUCCAACCUGCGGUGAUGUGUACAAGGCAAAUCAGAUAUCCCUCUGGGUCUUGGCAAGGGGGAAGCUCACCUGAUGUGCAGGCUUCCCCUCCAGUUCCCUAACAGAAUAGUCCAUAAGGGAUGCUUGUGAGAGCCAGCACACCUCAUGGGUCCAGGGAAGCUGAUGCUAGUCAAAAGACAUUGUCUCUCCAAGGCAAAUCCGGGUCUCCUGAGUGUUUGCAAAGUAUCUAUAACAACUGCUACACACUUACCAAGCUGUCUCCAGCCCCUGAGUGAGUGUGAGCAUGGUUCUGCUGACUGUGACCUGCCGGUGGGCCCUGGGCUGAAGAGAGUGAGCCGGAUCUGCUUUACUGCAGACGGAAGCUCGGUAGAGUGUUGUGUUCCCCAGAACCCUCGGGUGCUCCUUGGUAGCUAUGUCCAGCCUCAUUUGGGCUAGGGUUGGAGAGAGGUGACAUCUACAGUAUCCGGUGUCCCCUGUCAGUCAUAACCAGGAACCGCUGGUCGCUUCUGACAUUGAUGGUGGGUGUACCUCAUUGGUCCAAAGGCUGGAAAGGGUGGGGCAUCUGUCUUCUACUGGCCUGUCCAGGAGCCCACAGGUAGUGAGCUAAGUGAACAGGUGCUGGAGCCUUUCCCUGGACCUUCUGCUUCCACCUUUUCCUUUCUCCCCACGACAGCAUCCAGUUGGAGUCAUCAGGCCUGCUCCUUAUUGACACGGACUGUUCAGUUUCUCCAAACCACAUCUUGUAGUAAGGGUAGGAGGUGCCAGGAACAGUGGGUGGAGGGGCCUUUCCAAUUGGGUACUGCAUUUUGCUCAGUUCUGGGGGAUGGAGUGAGCUCUGUGGUCCCUAAAAGUCUGUGAUAGGGUACCUUGUCUGCCCCCUGGUUUCUGGACGACCAGCCUUUAUGUGGAGCAAGGAGGGGAUCCAAUGCUGGAGGAAAGCUGAGGAAGACCAACUAGAGCCAGCAUGCUAAUAGACACUCAGGGUCUGGGUGCCCUUCAAAGCUCUUGAUAUGAAUUCUCUUUCUCACCCUCUUGGCACCUUGUAGAAUUAGUCCCACCGUUAUUCUUUUGUGUUGGGGCCUUUUCUGAACAGUGACCAACAGAUAACAGCCAGAUGAGGUCUCCUGGCUUGUCCAGGGCUGUUAUCAGGAAACCAAAGGAAAACAGGUCAUAUGGCUACAGCUGGGUUCUUGGAGCUUCUCACCAUCAGCCACACAGUUUCCUCAGGCAUCCGGAUGGCAGAAUGGAACCCUGGAAUCCACUUGCUGCCUUGGGGAGUUCCUGGAGAGCAGGCUAAUAACCCAGGCCAGGAAGCAGGCAUUUUGUGUGUCCUACACAUAGCUCGAAGCUCCAGAUCCCGAUUUGGCUCUGGAUCCCGCAGCCAGAAGCAGACCUGGCUGCUGAAGAAAAGGAUGAUGGUCUCAGGAGGGAAGCCUCCAGCAGGGUUCAAACAGAGUGGGCAUCAGGUAGCUUCUGGAUGGAGCACCGCCCAGGGCCCUUCUCCUAAGGAGAGAGUGUUCUUGCCGCCGGUUGCCUUUGCUCUGCCUUCUACAACAAUCACCCUUGCCCCACUAGACAAGCUCUGUAGACAGUCCCAGUUGCUUGGCAGUGCAUUUAGAGACUUCUAGGCUCCCAGGGUUUCACAGAAUGUGAGCCCUUAAGGGCAGGGUUGGGGGAAUCUGUCCUUUGCUAGAUGCUGCUUGUAAUGGAUUUGGUGUACAGAAUCUACAAUAAACAGUAUGU